GGUUGCAGUAAUAGCUGCUGGUGUUAUAUGACCAGUCUUGCAGCACUUGUUGGUUGCUCUGUUGGAGGUUAAGAUGAGCUCAGAACCUUUGAAGAAACAGAAACAUGAUCAUGCUACUGCUUCUGGGGAAAAAAGAUCUAAGAGGAAGCCUAAGAGAAAGGAAGUGUUUUCAGUCUACAUUUAUAAAGUGCUGAAGCAGGUGCACCCUGACCUCGCUAUCUCCUCCAAGGCCAUGAGCAUCAUGAACUCCUUUGUCAAUGACAUGUUUGAGCGCCUGGCCUCGGAGGCUUCACGCCUAGCCCAGUACGGCCACCGUGCCACCAUCACCAGCCGGGAGGUGCAGACGGCCGCCCGGCUCCUGCUGCCCGGCGAGCUGGCCAAGCACGCCGUCUCCGAGGGCACCAAGGCCGUCACCAAGUACACCACCGGCAAGUGACCAACUGGGCCCAGCUAAACCGGUCCGGGCCCGGCUUCUUCUCCUGCAGGAGUUGGUGUUCGGUCUUCUUCAACUGAAAAGGAAAAACCUCUUGUUGCAAAUAAAAAAAUGCAUAGAAACACA